ACACAUGUUGUGCCUUCUUAUCCAUAAAUCAAUUCUCAUCUUUCUCAAAUUCUUCAAUUGAACAAAAAAAAAAAACACAACACCAUGGCACUUCUAUGCUCCAAUCUCUUCACGCUGACACCUCUUUCUUCUUCCUCCAUUUUCCCAAUUCCCACCACAACCCCAAUUUCAAGAGUGCACGUUGGUUUACCCACAAACUCAUUGAAGGGGCUUCAAAUCUCGACACCCUUUGUCGUGAAACCAAGGAAAAAUGCAAUUUCUAUUGUAUCUGCAACUGCUGAAUCCAAUGUUGCAGAUGGGUCUGAAAGUGAAAGCAAGAAAGAGAGUGAUGCUGUUUCUGUAGAUAAGCUUCCUUUGGAAUCAAAAUUGAAGGAGAGGGAGGAGAAGAGGUUGAAGAUGAAGCUUGAUAAGAAGAUAAGGUUGAGGAGAAAGAGACUUGUUCAAAAGAGGAAGUUGAGGAAGAAGGGUAAUUGGCCACCUUCCAAGAUGAAGAAAUUGAAGAGUGUUUGAAGAUUAUAUCUGUUUGCAGGUUUAAUCCUGAUUUCUUCUUAUUGUACCUCUGAUUCUUUCCCUUAUUCUCAACAAUUUAGUUUUUUAUUUUUUGUUAUUUUCUUAAUCAUUCUACAAUGUAUCAUGUAUGUAUUUUGACAAUUUUUGUUCAUUUUCAAUCAAGGGUUUUAGUUUAUAUGUAGAUGCCUUACAUUUGGUUAA